AUGGAUCUUGUCUAUGAUGGUAUCUACAGAAUGUAUUUAUUAGGUGAAUUUGAACUCCCAAGAAGUAAUUUAAGUCUAAGUCUUGUUGAAUAUUGCAUUUGUGAAAUGAAGAAUUUAAAGGAUUUAGUUGAUGAAAAUAUCAAAAGGGUUCCCCCUUUCUUACUAUUGCAAACUGGUGAUCAAACUCCAACUAUGUGGGCAUCAAUGACAAGAAAGACAUUGGCAACACCUAAAAAA